AUGACGCUUUCUACUCCAUUCCCAUCACUAUCAAGCAAUGAUUCAUCACGUUUUAAACCUCAUCUUACGAUAUCUACACCUUCACUUCAUCGUAAGCGUCUUUUCUAUCGUAGAACAUACAAACACGUUGGGAACUCAAGUACCUCCAUUAAACGAAGAAAAUCAUCUCCAGAGCCUUUUCCUGACGAUUCAAGUUCAUUUUCGUCUACAUUAUCGCCAUCAACGACACAAAGUACCGUAUUACCUCCAACUGAUCAAUCUAAUCCUCAAUUGAAGAUUCAACCACAUCUUUCACCUAUUGUGACAUCCUCAAGUCUUUCGCCUGUACCAUUACUCGCUAGAAGUUCUCCAUGUCCAUCAACGUUAUCAAAACAUGAUUCCAAGUCUUUUUCAUCAUCAUUAAAGUCCGAAACUUCUCAACAAUUGAUGCCACCUGCACCUCAUCCCUUUCGACUUUCGGAUUUCUUUUAUAAAGAAAUUUUUGGAGUUCAUGACAUUAAACAAAGUGAUGAUGUGCAUCAAGAACGUGUCCAGAAUUUUUUUGUUGUGCCGUUAAAUACUGAACAAUUAUUUCUCUUUGGUGUCUUAUUAGCACUUGAUAGUUUUUUGUACGUCUUUACGUACUUACCACUUCGAAUGUUCUUUGCUUGUGGAUGUGCUGUGACAUCAGGAUUUCAUGCUCAAGUCUUUCGUCGAACACAUUUUUAUGAUUUAAUGGUUGCUGUGAUUAUUGGAGUUGGUACUAUGGUGUUAACAUACGUGGAUAUGUCGCGAGUAUAUCAUGCAAUACGAGGUCAAGCUAUGAUUAAACUUUACGUUUUAUUUACAAUGAUUGAAAUAUUUGAUCGUUUAUUUUCCUCGCUUGGACAAGAUAUUUUGGAUUCGUUAUAUUAUACCGUCAAAUAUCAUCCACGUCGUAUCACUCGUUUGUUUCUCGAUUUUACUGUUGCAAUUACUUACGUGGUUUUACAUGCACUUUUACUCUUUGCACAAGUUGUGACAUUAAAUGUGGCAGUAAAUUCCAGUAAUUCGUCGUUGUUAACAUUACUCAUUUCCAACAAUUUUGCGGAACUGAAAAGUUCGGUAUUUAAAAAAUUUGAAGAACAAAAUUUAUUUCAAAUUAGUUGCAGUGAUAUUGUCGAGCGCUUUAAAUUAUUGACAAUUAUUGGGCUCAUUCUUUUGCAAUCAUCAACUCGUGAUGUCGCAUGGGGAACGGCUAUGGUUUUAGUAGCUGAAAUGGUCAUUGACUGGCUUAAACACGCAUUCAUUACGAAAUUUAAUCAAUUGCCACCAACAAUGUAUUCAAAGUUCAUCACAAUUCUUUGUCGUGAUUUAACAGGAUGGAAAAGUGAAGAUACGAUCUUAGAUCAUACACAUCAUGUAUCGAAACGAUUGGGCUUAAUGUCCCUUCCAUUGGCUUGUGUUGUCAUACGUAUGGUCUCCAAAGCUUUAACGGAUGUUCCAAUCACAUUCUUCUCGUUAAGUGGAAGUUUCGUGCUGAUUGCUUUUUUUCUAUGUUUGGCAGCAUUAAAAGCUUUCUUAAGUUUAGUUCUAAUGAUCUAUGCUUGUCAAUCUGGUCGAUUAGAUGAUACAAGGCCAAAGAGUCCACGCUCUAUUCAUCAUCUUGAAUCUAUUCAUCGGUACAAUUCAUAA